AUGAGGAUCAAAGGCAAAGAUGGCAAAAGAAUGACCAACCCGGCCAGUUGCUUUGAUGACGUUUUCGCAGCAGCUGUACAUUUAUACACCCCACUUUACAAGGGCUCCAGACAAAUCGCGCCCCUGACUCCCCUUGCCCGCAGUGGCACACAUCAGAACAAAACCCAAAUUUUCACGAUCUCCAAGCCAACGAAAAACCCAAAAUUCAGAGACCCCCAGUGGCGAUCCAUCGGGGAAUGGGGUCUGGCGCUGUUGGAGAAAAAUCUCACAGAAAGUGUUGGAGCUAGCGAUGGGGCAAGCGGGUUCGAUCAAAAUCGAUCUCCCCAGACAGUUCCAACUUCCAGGGAAUAUGAAGCGAGCAUGAGCCUCCACUCUUCCGUCUUACACGGAAGUUCGGAGCUCCACCACACGCGCCGUUGUUCAAAUUCGUGCCGCCGGCUAGAUGGAAGCACGCCGAGCACGCCUUGGACCUGCCCUUUUGCUCUUCGCCUUGGAGCUGCCCGGAACUCGUUGCCUCCUAGGCUCAGCAUCCAGCCAGGCCGCCUGCGGGCAAGUCAUCCCGCCUCCCGGGAGCGCCUCCGGCAAGUCCCCAUCAAUCACGUAAGAAAAACCACCUCUUCCGUCGUCCGCAACUUGCCUCUGCCACCCCGGGGGGCGCUCUCCAACACGCCCCUCCACCCUCUACCCCCUUUGAACCCGGCUGUCACCGAUCCCGAGCAAAAGCCCUGGAGCGCGGUCUUUCAGGCUCUCCCCCUCCUCCACGGCUCCUUUCUCAUCUUUGCACCUUGCGAGACGCCCUGUGAACCAUCCCAAAACGAGCCGGCUCCGAUAAAACGCCCCAAAUCACCACUGAGCCCGCCUCCUGCCCCUGCCUACCGGAUUGCCAUCCGAAGGCGCGUGGGCGGGCUGGCCACCACACACCCGGCCCGGUGCGCCGGUUACACAUCAUCCCCCUUCUCCUGCACCCUACACCGGCUACACAUCAUGCUGCGCACGGCAAACCGACCACCGCCCACCGUCCGCCAAGGGGCGCUUAAGAGCCCCUCCGCACACCGCACUAUCCUGCUUCCGGGUAAACAUGCCGAGCAGGGCAUUACUUUCCGUUUCAACUGCCUACGUAGUAGUCCUAUGCAGCGUAUGCCGCAAACUCACGAUACUCUCAUUUCACCGGUACUCAAUGUCCCGAAAAGACCCUUCCCUAGACUACUCCAAAGCUCAGAUCAACCGCUCGCCAAGGAUAUUCGCCGUUUGUCGGCGAGCGUUCUAGACUCUUGA